AUGGUUGAAGCAGAUCGCCCUGGAAAGCUCUUCAUUGGCGGGCUUAGCCCCGAAAUUGACGAGAAAACCCUCGAGGCCGAGUUCGGCAAGUAUGGCCGCGUCAUCGAGGUGCUGUUGAUGAAGGACCGAGAAACCAGCAAGUCCAGAGGCUUCGCGUUCGUCACCUUCGAAAGCCCCGCCGACGCCAAGGCCGCCGUCAGAGACAUGAACGGCAAGUCCCUGGAUGGUAAGGCCAUCAAAGUAGCCCAGGCCACCAAACCGGCGUUUGAGAGUGGCCGGCGGGGCCCCCUGCCGCCAUCUCGCAGCCGUGGUCGCCCGAGGGGCCUGGGCGGGGCCCGUGGCGGUGGCGUUGGCCCUCGGAGGUCUCCCUCCCGGGGUGGGUCCGCCGACGAUGGCGGUUAUGGGGGAGAUUUCGACCUGCGGUCGUCCAGGGCCCCGAUGCCCAUGAAGCGUGGCCCGCCGCCGCGCAGGGCUGGCCCUUCCCCCAAAAGGGCCGCCCCGUCGGGCCCGACACGCAGCGGCGGUGGUGGAAUGCGCGGGCGGGCCUCGGCUGCGCGUGGGCGAGAAGGCUAUGCGGGCCCACCUCGCCGAGAGCCGCUGCCCCCACGCCGGGAUCCCUACCCGGGCCCCUGGGAGGAGGGCUACUCGCCUAGGGACAGCUACUCCAGCCGUGACUACCCGAGCACCCGCGACUCCCGGGAUUUCGUUCCCUCGCCCCGAGAGUACACCUAUCGCGAUUACGGCCACUCCAGUGCCCGGGACGACUUCCCAUCCAGAGGCUACGGCGACCGAGAAGGCUACGGGGGUCGCGGCCGUGAUUACGCGGAUCAUGGGAGCGGAGGUUCCUACCGAGAUCCCUUCGAGAGCUACGGGGACCCUCGCAGCAGCAACCCUGCCCGAGGGCCCCCGCCAUCUUACAGCAGCAGAGGCCGCUACGACGAGUACCGGGGCUGCUCGCCCGACGCUUACGGCGGCGGCCGCGAUAGUUACGGCGGCGGCAGGAGCGACCGCUACUCGAGGGGCCGCGACCGGGUCGACAGAGCGGAUCGUGGGCUGCCCCCGUCCCUGGAAAGGGGCUGCCCUCCGCCUCGCGAUUCUUACAGCAGAUCAAGCCACCGGGCUCCCAGAGGUGGAGGCCGCCUAGGAAGCCGCUCGGAGAGAGGGGGAGGCCGGAGCAGAUACUAA